AUGCUUCGUCUCUGUGGGUUCGAGGGCUCAAUGAUGAUCCCAAGCUUGUUGCGCCAAAUCAGAGACCCUGAGAGGGGCGUGUUGGCGCGUGGGGACUUACUCGAGCAGUUGCAAUUGUUCUGUCACGCUCAAUGCACUGUGCACGAUAUGUACAGUUCAGGAGUACGAACUGACACCAGGGCAAGUGUCUCGGAAACACCAAUUGCAGGAAGUCCACGGUCUGCGGAGAGGGAGCUCUUCCGCAUCAACAAUCGACGUCAGAUCCCGCCAUUUUCUGCCCGCCAUCGCCGCAAAACCAUGGACUUGCAAGCUUGA